AUGUCCACGACAUUAUCCUCCGCCGUUUCUAGCCCCGCGCAAUGGGAUGCGCAUCCCCCAACGAAGACUCGCACCGUUGCCAAACGUCGAGUAUAUGGAAAGCGACGAACGGACGCCCCGCGAGCUGUAUUCGACCAGCAGACUCCACCAAAGCAGCCGAGUAGUCUUACGAAAGCCAGCGUUCAGGAUGCAGUGGAUUCGAUCCAAGCUAAGCUGGCAGAAAUCAAUAUCGAUGAUACGCCAACCGUACGACGCCAAAAAGAUAUCCUGAAAAAACCGCGGGACGAAAAUAACACCGAUUCAAUCCACAGAAAGGAUGCAGAACCCCAGAUCGAUGAUGCACCAACAGAACUGCCUCAGACGGAAGACCAAAUCGUUGCACCGUCUUCUCCGACGAGCACACCUAGACCACAGAAAAGAUACGAGACAAUGGUGGCAGUCAGGGUAACUCCUCGUUACUCCAUGGCGAGGCGCCGAACGCAAGAAAAGGAGGCUGGAUCGACAUCAGAAAAUGCGAGUCGGACACGAAAAGUGAAACCUGCCCCUCGAUUAUCAUCUGGCUGUGUAACGGACAAGGGUAUAAAUGCCUACGCCCGCCCUAUUCUGGACGAAGCCAUCUCUCCCGUUGCGGCGCAGAGCGUGCAGAAGUUCAGCUCAUGGGCGGCCCGGGCUGGAAGUCUGUUAGAGGUUGUGAAGAUUGCGGAGGGCUCAUACGGAGAAGUCUACAAGCUCCGCCUGCGCGAGGAGGUGUGCAAGAAAGCGAUGUCCAAGUCGAAGCUCGCUCGUCUGAAGGCAUACGGUGAUGGGGUGUUCAAGAUUGUCCCUCUACGCGCACGAAGAGGACCCGGCUCGAAGAAAUACACAAGCGUUGACGAAAUCGUGUCCGAGGUCAGGAUGCUCAAGUACCUGGAUCCGAUUCCUGGAUUUGCCCGCUUCCGAGAGAUCCAUGUCGUGCAAGGCCGGUUCCCUGAAUCAUUUCAAGCCGCGUGGGACUACUAUAAGGAGACCAGGGAUGACUGUCUUAACCCAGACCCCUCGAAUAGGCGGGCGUAUCCUGAGACGCAGCUCUGGGCAAUCGUGGAGAUGGACGAUGCUGGUUGCGAGUUGGAAAAGUUCGCUUGGUCGUCCAUUUUCCAAAUCUAUGAUAUAUUCUGGGGUGUGGCGAUGGCACUUGCCCGCGCGGAAGAGUAUGCUAUGUUCGAGCAUCGCGACCUACAUCUCGGAAACGUGUGCAUCAGAAGCACUCGUCCUAAUGGUCGUAUGGACCCUCCGACAGAUCACGAUAUCAUGAGUCGAUCAUAUACCAGCGGCUUCGGACUCAGCGCGAUCGAAACGACGAUUAUAGACUACUCGCUCUCCCGAGCGGAGUUGCGUUUAUCUGAAGAGUCGCCAGACGCAGUAGACAUUGCCUCAUCAGACUUGGACCAGAAGCAAAUCUUUGAUGCCAUCGGCCGCGAUGAAGACGAGGUCUUACUGAGGAAUACCUAUAGAUAUAUGCGGGCUCAGCUGUAUCACGGGAACCCUCUCGAGACCGCAAAGACACGCGACAUUCCGGGAAUCUGGGAAGGAUACGCACCGCGAACCAACCUUAUCUGGCUCCUCUUUCUUCUCAAGACCCUACUGAAGAAUAGAAAAGCCGGAGUUUCUGAAAGACAACCCCUGUCUCUCUGCUCCCCAAACAAGCAGCCCAAAAUGACGGAGACGUCAAAGAGUGGGUGUAAGGAUCUGGAAACACAAGAGACCAAAGUCGCCAACCUGAAAAAGGAUCUCGAGGAUAGGCUGAACGAAGUUCUCCGCCUCUUGGAUCUUGAAGAUGGCCAUCAAGAUAUAUGCUGCGCUGCGGACCUGGUUGCAUUCGCCAUCGAUACCAACUGGUUGGACGAACGGGACUUCUUCUAA